AUGCGCAGCCAUCUUGUUAUAAAGCUUGAAAAACUGUUGCACCAUUCAAAGUGUGGAGAAAGUGUUCUGUGUGUGGACGAGACUUCAACCAACCUGGAGGAACACAAGGACAUCCUCACCACGGAGAAACCAUAUAAAUGUGGGGACUGUGGGAAGGGAUUCAAUUAUCCAUCCUUACUGGAUGCUCACCGGCGCACUCAUACUGGGGAGAGGCCAUUUACUUGCUCUGUGUGUGGGAAGGGAUUCACACAGUCAUGCACCCUCCAAACACACCAGCGGGUCCACACUGAUGAGAAGCCCUUCAGUUGCAGUCAAUGUGGGAAGGGGUUCCGGUGUUCUUCCAACCUUAUCCAACACCAGCGAGUUCACACCGGGGAGAAACCCUUCACUUGUUCUGUUUGUGCAAAGGGUUUCAGUCAGUCAACUACUCUGCUGACACACCAGCGAGGAGUUCACACUGGUGAGAGACCAUUCACUUGUUCCAUGUGUGGGAAGGGAUUCACGAAUUCAUCCCAUCUGCUGAAACACCUGCGAGUUCACACUGGUGAGAGACCAUUCACCUGCUCUGUGUGUGGGAAGGGAUUCACGCAUUCAUCCACCUUGCUGAUACACCAGCGGGUUCACAAUGGAGAGAGGCCAUUUACCUGCUCCGUGUGUGGGAAAGGAUUUACUCACUCAUCCAACCUGCUGACACAUCAGCGGGUUCACACUGGGGAGAAGCCGUACACAUGUUCUGUUUGUGGCAAGGCAUUCACCCGUUCAUCUCACCUCAUGAGACACCAGCGAGUUCAUGAAUAACUUAGGGUUUGGAUUCUGCUGUUAUAGCAGCAGUUAAUUCCAUCCAAGGCUGAACAUGUUACAAUUGACAUUUGUUUCAGAUGUCAGAGAUGUGGUAUCCUUUUAAAAUCUACUUGGUGAUUGUUUACUUUUAUUCUAAUUUACAACAAGUUAUUUUCCAAUAAAAUUGUAACAUUUUGCAGAAAAGUUCCACUUAUUAACAUUCCAAUUCAGAAAGUGCUGAUUACAUCUUGCUGACGAUGUUACACACAGUGGCAAACUCCAGAAUCCAUCGGUAAAACAGAGAAUAGGAAUGGUGCUGUCAAGUACCUCCAAAUGUUGUCCCUCAAAUUUUUCUACAGGAACCCCCUUUACACAGAAAUGGAGAUGAGUCCAGUUAAAGAAACAGACUGAGCUGAUCUGUGGCUUAGUUACUAUCAAAUGAAAUGUCUGUCUGACAAAUGAAAUAUUCAUGUGUGACUGUAGGAAUGGUUUGUAUCAGAACAGAAAAACAUCUUAAAACCAAAAAUAUUAUUAAAUGUUAGCAUGGAUCACAAGAGGGAAGGUGAUGGUUCACCAACAUAAUUGAAUAAAGGAAAUGCAGUAGAUGUGACAAUCAUUAACGAUUUUCAAAGGCCCUUUAAUAGAUGUUGCUUUGUAGAUUCAUGACAAAGCCAAGCAUAAGUGAAAUUAGGAAAGAGGUAACAGGACUGGAUUGCAGGCUACGGAUGGGUGAGUGUAAAUCCUUUCAGGCCCCAGUAAACAAUGGGUUAAUGGCAAUUCAGCAUGAGUGUAAGUAGUCUGAUCUUUACAAUUAAAGAAAGGAAAUGUAUGAAAUUGUGUCAGGCAGCAGGUUAGUAGAGUGGGGAAUCAUCUUCACUUGGUUUUUUUUUGCUACCAGGCAACAUGACAGAAAAUGUCUGUUCGGUCUUAAGACAUCCUACGCUUGUACCACAUGUCUUUAGUGCUUCCUGUGGUCUUCAACAUAGCUUCUCAGUAGCUACAGCACUGAAUUAAAUAACUUGUAGAUAAAGUUAUCUGCUGGAGCACUGUGUUUAAUAUUCAAACAAAAAAAAACUGUUCAUUCCUGCACAUUGGUCUUUGAAUAUGUUGUUUAAGUUUAUUUCUGCUGAUAUUAAUUACUGCUAUA